AUGGCCAAUGCCGAUCCAGUGAACUUGGAGAUGGUUAACAAGAACAAGAACCGGACAGCGACGGAGAUGGUCAAUUUGGAAGACAAUGAGCCUCAGCAGCUAAAGCCGAAGAUCUAUCCCAAGGGAUGGAAGUUGCAUGCAUUGACAGCUGGCCUCUGUCUCAGCCUGCUCCUUUCCACGCUCGAGACCACCAUCGUGAGCACGUCUUUGGUCUCGAUGGUCAAUGAAUUCCAGGGUUUUGGCCAAGCCGGUUGGGUCGCCACAGCCUAUUUCUUGACUUACACUGGCUUCCUCGUCAUCUAUGCAAAGUUCAGUGAUAUCUUCGGCACCAAGGUUUUGAUCCUUGGCGCCAUCACUCUCUUUGCCGUCUUUUCCAUUGCUUGCGGUGUCUCCAACAACAUGCUCCAGCUGGUCAUCUAUCGCUCCAUCCAAGGCAUCGGAGGGUCCGGUAUCUACUCCCUAGUCACAGUCAUGACGCCGCUCAUGGUGCCUCCGGCCAAGUACCCAACCUACAUUGCCAUUAUUUCGUCCAUCUUCGCCAUUUCCAGCGUGCUGGGUCCGCUGCUUGGGGGGUUUAUUUCCGAUCACACGACCUGGAGAUGGGUCUUCUGGCUAAACGGCCCUGGUGGAGCGCUUGCCAUUUUCCUCAUCAGCAUUUCGAUCCCCUUCAACUUCCCUUACCCUGCUGGCCCUAGUCGAUUCUUCAGCACUUUCGUCUCGCAGAAGGCGUGGAGUCGAGUAGAUUUUCUUGGAGCAUUUGCCUCACUGGCCACCUCUAUACUGCUCGUCUUCGCUUUGGAGCAGGCAGGGGUCGAGCACCCCUGGAACAGCGCGGCCGUCAUUGCGUCUUUCGUGCUGUCCGCGGUCUUUUGGGUUGUCUUCGUCGGAUGGGAAAGAAGCCUGUCCAACAGAGGCAGCAUAUGUGAGCCCAUUUUCCCUUGGAGAUUGGCUUGCAACAGGUUUGUUCUGGGUCUGCUCUUAAACGCAUUCCUGACAGGAUUCCCGUUCAUGGCGGCAAUCAUCACUAUUCCCCAACGCUUCCAAGUCGUCAACGGAACCACGGCUAUCAAUGCCGGCAUCCGUAUGUUGCCAUUGCUCCUGUGCUCGCCGAUUGCGACCGUUGUGGCGAGCUUGCUUCUGUCAAACCUCAGGGUACCCCCUCUGUAUGUGCUGCUGGUUGGUUGCAGCGUGCAGACCCUUGGUGUUGGUCUAUUUAGCUCUCUGGACCCCUCCAGCCUGGACGUGCCGUCAUUUCAAUACGUCUAUCAGGUGAUCAUGGGCUGUGGGUUUGGCCUCAGCCUCAGCACCGUCUUGAUGAUGGUGCCUUUGGUCGUUAAGCAUGGAGACAUGGCCGUCACAAUGGGCGCCGCAACGCAAAUACGCGUGCUUGGAGGCACCAUCGGGCUUGCUAUUUCCUCGGCCCUUUUGAGCAACCACGUAACGAGUCAGACUGCAGGGUUCUUGACUUCAGCUGAGCAAGCAGCACUGCUCAAAACAUCUCAGAGCAUCCGCCAACUGUCCUCCGAGUUACAAGUCAGCGUCAGAGAGAUCUACGCCGCGGGAUACAACCAGCAGAUGAGAGUGAUGCUCUAUUUCUGCGUUGCAUCGCUGACAUCACUCGUUCUUCUGGUUGAGUGGCCUCCAAGAAGGCUGCAGACGAGCGAUGACGGGGAGAUUGCUGUGCCGUGA